UCUUGGGAUGGCUUCUGCCUACCUGUUUGUUUUCUUUCUUCUCUCACACUUCGUUCUGCUUCACUCAGCUGAAGAAGUACAGAGAAAACUCCAAAAUUGUUCGCCAUUUCAAUGUGGGAAAUUCGGUAACAUCGGAUUUCCAGUCACCAACAUCCCACCCCCCUUUUGCGGUUUACUGCCAGUAAUUUGUGACCAAACAUCUCCAACCAUCCAACUGCCACAGGGACCGUGGGGUGGAAGACCAUAUGAAGUUAUAAACAUCUCUUACACUAAUUACACCACACAAACCAUACGUAUCAGGGACCUUUCGCUUUGGGAAUACUUGAAUACCAGUAAAUGCGAAUACUUAAUCAAUUUUACUCUUCCAAAUUCUCCAUUAAUCUCUUUUAAACUCUCCACACCCAAUCAGACCCUAUUUAAAUGCAGUCGCAUUCUUGAUAUUACUUCACCUACAAAUUUAGAAAAUAUGAGCUGCGGAGACUAUAAUAUCUACUAUACUCAUUCAUACGAGGCUUCUCAGAGUUUUCCUUCUGGAUGUUCAACUAUUCAGCUCCCAGUACAAGAGCAUUAUUCACAUAAAGCUGAACUGAAUAUAACUGCUGAGUUUGACCUUGAAGUCCGUGUAUCUGAUGCUUGUAGCAGAUGUUAUAGUAGAGGAGGUCUAUGUGAGCUUGACAAGGAAGGAGAAUUUAAUUGUUCCGUUACAGAGGAAGCCUUUCAGAAAGGGAUUAAGAGUUUGAAAGUGAUUGCUAUAGCCACUUCAUUUGCUGGAAUUGGAGUUUUGAUGUUUAUAAUCAACUGCUUCUGGAGAAAGCUCUCAUCAAUUAAAGAUAUUUGGAAGAAGAAAAAUCUAGCUCAUCAGAAUGUCGAGGCCUUUCUAAGGAAUCGUGGACCUCUUGUUAUUAGAAGAUACAGUUAUUCAGAUGUAAAGACAAUGACCAAGUCCUUUAAUGAUAAAUUAGGCCAAGGGGGCUAUGGUAGUGAUUAUAAGGGGAAGUUACAAGAUGGAUGUUUUGUGGCAGUGAAGGUUUUGAAUAAUUCUAAAGGUAAUGGAGAGGAAUUCAUUAACGAAGUUGCAAGCAUUAGUAGGACCUCCCAUGUUAACAUUGUCACUCUUAAGGGCUUUUGCUUUGAGGGAUCUAAAAGAGCUCUUAUCUAUGAGCUUAUGCCUAAUGGAUCUCUUGAGAAAUUCAUAUAUAAAGGAAAUCCUUCAAGUUCUAAUCAUCAAUUGGGGUGGGAAACAUUAUACAAGAUUGCCAUUGGCAUUGCACGAGGCUUAGAGUACUUGCAUAGAGGGUGCAACACACAAAUUUUGCAUUUUGACAUAAAGCCUCACAACAUUCUUUUGGAUGAGAACUUUUGCCCAAAAAUUUCUGAUUUUGGCCUUGCAAAGAUAUGCCCUAGAGAAAAGAGUAUCAUAUCAAUGGUUGGUGCAAGAGGGACGAUUGGGUAUAUAGCUCCCGAGGUAUUUUGUAGAAAUUUUGGAGGGAUUUCUCACAAGUCAGAUGUCUAUAGUUAUGGAAUGAUGGUUUUAGAAAUGGCAGGAAGUCGAAAGAAUAUUGAUGUUACUGUUGAUUUAACUAGUGGGAUAUAUUUUCCACAUUGGAUUUACAAGCAUCUUGAACUAAAUGAAGAAUUAGGACUGCUAGGCCUUUUAAAUGAAGGAGAUGAAGACAAUGCAAGGAAGAUGAUAAUAGUGAGUUUGUGGUGCAUACAAUUUGAUCCAUCAGAUAGACCAUCAAUGAGUAGAGUGGUGGAAAUGUUGGAAGGGAGUCUCGAAUCUUUGCAAAUCCCCCCCAAACCUUACUUGUCUACUCCCUUAAGAUCACCGAUAGGUUCUUCCACUGUAAUGGUGUCAAUGCAAUAUGAUUCUAUGCACUAAAAUACACCCCUUCUUUCAAGGGAAACUUUGAGUCUAGGAGGUAAUGAACUUUGUGAAAUGUAUUUAUUUCUAGCUUGUCAAUGAACAUCUUUUCUUUGUUGAUUAAAAUAUUUGAUGAAACCUGACUU